AUGACCAGCCGGCGCUCCUACUUCCCAAAAUCAAACCAUCUCUUCAAGCGCUCCGAGUCUGACAGCCCGUCCCUGCCGCGCCGUCCCUCGAGGAUCGCCCCCAUAUUCGACCAAGACCAUGCUGACCAGCCGCUGCCCCCGUUUGACGAACACCAGCAUGCCAUUAACUAUGCCGAGGAUUCGACGGACCCCUACACCACUCCACUGCCGCCAGAGCCUGCCGACGUCUCUACUCCAUAUCUCUAUCCCACAUUGUGCCGUAAUGAGCGCCUUCGCCUUACCAUGCUGUGGUACUACACCAAAGAUAUAGCCGACGACGAAGAGCUGCUCCAAAAACUCCAAGGCAUUGUCAGGCUGGUGCGCUCCUUCAUUGGCUGGGAAUACGUGAUCAUGGGUAUUCUUUCAGAGAACACAUACCAUCGCCUGGUGACCCACGGAGUCCCUCUGGCCAUACUUCCCAGGAGGGAGAGCACUUGCGCCCAUACGAUCAACCAGACAUUCGGCCUCUUCGUUCUCCCAAACAUGCUGGGGGAUUGGCGCUUCCGGAAUUCUCCCCAUGUCCAGGAGGGCGGGUUGCGGAGCUACGCCGGAGCCCAACUGCGCUGCGAGACCGAAAACGGCCAGUUCAUCGCCCUUGGCUCUUUGUGCGUUGCCGCAAAUUCCGAAACAGAGGGGCUUAGUGCGGAUCAGCAGGCUGCUCUCUCACGCUUCGCAGAUAUCCUUAGCGCCGAAAUCGUCAAUCGGUCCCGCAUCAAUCGCCAACGUCAGCGCCAAGCCAUGGGCGACACCCUAUCGAGGAUCAAGUCCAAGGCAACACAGAAUACCGUCGAAGAUCUGGUGAAACAAGCUCUGAGGGAUAUUUACCCCGGUGCGUCAGUCACCCUGCAAGACUCAGAUGACGGCACCAUUGAGCUCGAGGAUCGACCGCCAAUUUCGUUUGAGGACGACGUGCAAGACUGCUUGUGGGAAGAUACCGAGUUUCUAGAGACGUUGAUCCGCACGAGCAACCACCGCCGACUGGAAUCCUUCCAGACAAUCCGCGCCAUGGUCGCACGAUGCCAAAGACAACCGAUACCUCGCUUCUUGGUCGUAUCCUUCAAGGAGGUCCAAUUGGUUUUGGAUGAUGUUGACGCAUGGUUCGUCGAGUCUUGCGCCAUCAUACUUUUCGACCAUUACCACGAGCGUCUUCUUGCCGAAGCCCUGAAAGCCAAGGACAUCUUCCUGCGCGGAAUCACGCACCAGCUUCGAACUCCUAUCCACGGCAUCCUCGGUUCUGUGGAGCUCUUGGGAGAAGAACUGUUUGCUCCCCCAGAGAAUAUCCUUUCCAGCGGUGCAGUCAAACGGUUAAGCAUCGCAUCGAGUUUUACAGACUCGAGUACUGAUGGCUACGCAAGCAAAAAUGCUCGACUAUAUCUGCAGGCCAUCACGAACGCGGGAAGAGAAUUAAUGAGUACGGUGAACAACGUUCUCAUGUUAAACCGCUGGGCCGAGUCGAGCAGGUCGAUGAAGCAGGCUUCAUAUUAUGAGCUUAAUUUACUGGAGGCUGAUAUCCUCCGAGACAUUUCUCUGAUGCUUCCAGAAGAAGAGUUGGCCUUGACGUCAGUCCUCUUCGACAACCAACUCACAGUCGAUUGCAGCAUCGUGACGAUUGAUAUCGGUCUACUCAAGGAGUGCUUGCAGUCUUUGAUACUCAACGCGAUCCAAUCAUCGACAACGAAAAACGGGAGCGUUCUUGUCAUAAUCACUGCAACAAGCGACUAUUCCAUAUUGCAGUUCGACAUCAAGGACACAGGGAUUGGUAUCUGCAAAGAAGACCAACGUCGAAUAUUUGAGGCAUAUGAGAAGGGUGACUCUCAUACUAGAGGCGUCGGGUUGGGUCUGACCAUUUCUUCGAAAAUCGCCGCCUCCAUGAAUGGUUCCGUCUCUUUGGUCUCCUCAGAACCUGGCAAAGGGUCACACUUUCGCGUGGAGCUCAGGGAUCCAGGCUUUGCCUGUCCGACCGACCAUUGCCCUUACGCACCUCCGGCCUUGAAACACGUCCCUAGACGCUACCACGAAGUACCCACGGGUCAAGAAGCCAUGCCACUGGUCCGACACUUCAUAAACUACCUCGAGCACCGCGGCUGGGUGCGUUCGGACACAUCGAUUGGUGCGCUCAACAUUGUCAGCUUUUGCGAGGACGAGCAAGAUUUUCAGAAUCACUUCAAGACAGUAGAUCCCACCGCCAUCUCCGUGUGCCUCAUUCCUGCUCGCGUCAGCACGCGCUCGCUCCGCCUCCCUUCCGCGAGCAGUCGGAUCCUCUUCUUCGAAGGCCCCUUCCUCUCCACCCGCCUCUACGACAUCCUCUACGAAGUCAACGAGACCUACGCCAAACUCAAACAACUCCCCGAGCAAUCCCCCAUCACCAACGGCGUGCCGGUCGGCCCGAACGAGCAGAUCCACGACGUCUUCGCGCGCAAGAUGCGCAUCGUCGAGCCCAUCAGCGCGCUGCUGGUCGACGACAACGCCAUCAACCUGCGCAUCUUCAAGCUGUACUGCGAGAAGCGCCACAUCCCGUACGCGUGCGCCGUCGACGGCAACGAGGCGGUCGCGCAGUACCGCGCGCACCUACAAACACAACCGCUCAACCUCAUCUUCAUGGACCUGCAGAUGCCCAACUGCGACGGCGUCGAGGCCACCAAGCAGAUCCGCGACAUCGAGCGCGCCUGCGCCCGCCACGCCGCCAUCAUCUUCAUGAUCACCGGCCAGGACUCGCCCAGGGAUAAGGCGCAGUCGAAGGAGGCGGGCGCCGACGAGUUCUUCGUUAAGCCGACCAGCAUCAAGACGCUCGAUCAGGGCAUCGCGCGGUAUUUCGAGCCCGUGGCUCAGCGGGAUAUUCCUGUCGGCUGA